AUGCUACUGGACCUCUUCCUCUCAGUCUGCCCCACCACGCUCACCGUUGACCUCCUCGAGGAGCGCCUCCUAGCAGCGGAGAAGAGCAUAGUCGCUGUAGGAGCCUCUCGUGGUGACCCUCGCACCCCCGUCUUUGAGGGGUGUUCCCCUUCCCCCCUCUUGCCCUCUGUUGCUUCUGCUGCUGCGGCCAACCUCGUUGGUUUCGAGUCGAUCGGCGCUGCGUCUGCCCCUAGCGGGAGACGCCGCACCGGCAAGGGCAAGGGGGGCAAGGGCGCUGGAGGGGCUGGCAGGGGCGGUGGAGGGGGUUGUGGAGGCAGUGGAGGGGGUGGGGGUGGUGGGAGUGGUGGCGGGGGUGGAGGUGUCGGUGGCAGCAGUGGAGGCGGAGGAGGCGGCGGCGGUGGCGGAAGGAGCGGAGGCGGCGGAGGUGGCGGAGGCGGCGGAGGUGGCGGAGACGGCGAAGGUGGCGGAGGCGGCGGCAGCAACGGUGGAGCUGGUCGUAGCUCUGCGCAGAGGAGUGGGUCCGGUGGUGGUCAGCGCCAGCAGCAGCAGCGCACUUGUGAGACCCUGUCCUCUCAGCAGCUUCGUGAAUGGUCGGGGGUCGCUAUCUUUGAUCUAGAUUAUGAUGCUAUUCUUGCUGCCAUGUAUGCUGUGUCUGAUAGUGCUGAGGGCUACUAUUAUCUGUGUGUUCCGCCUGACCCGGGCAUUGCGGCUGCUGCUCUAGGUGCUGGUGAGGCUGCUGCUCUAGGUGCUAGUGCGUGUGCUGCCCCAGGUGCUGGUGAGUCUGCUCUCUCAGGUACCACGUCAGCUCAGGCCUUACACACCUUCACCCUUGACUCGGGUGCUUCCCGUUCCUUAUUUCGAGACCGCACCACACUUACGCCGCUUAGUCGGCCGGUUGCAGUCUCCCUGGCGGACCCCUCUGGGGGUCCUGUCCUUGCUAGCUUCUCCACUGUCUUACCGUGCCCGGCAGCCCCCUCUGGCACCCUGUCAGGUCUCUACCUCCCCUCGUUCUCUACGAACUUGGUGAGUGGAGCUGACCUACAGGAUAGGGGGGUUGACCAGUUCACUCCUGUGAGUCAGCGGGUGACCCAUGUCAGAACAUAUAUGUAG